AUGUCAUCUCAAAUGUUGCUACAUGAUGUUCAUGAUUCUUUGAAGUAUAAAUAUCUUCUCAGAAUUCCUACAUGUCCACGACACAUGUAUAUUAAUAUUGAGGAUAUCCAUUCUAGUGGAAAAGAGAUGAGUGGGAAAUUUUGUUGUUUGUUGGCUGCAGUAAGAUGUGUAAAAUUUACUAAAUUAAUAAAAACCAAAAUUGGCAAGGAAGCGUUCUUAAAAGAAAUUAUUGUCAUGGAUAAAACAUACCCAACACUUGUAGUAAGAAUUUGGGAUAAGGAACUAUCAGAAAGAGCUGCACAAUGGAUACCAAAAAAAACAAUCUUGUCUUUCUCAAAUUUAUACUUGGAAUGGAAUGUUUUUAAAAGGAGCAUGACAGCGGUUGUUUCUAAUAAAACAAUUAUUACCGAAGAUCCAGUUACAAAUGAAGCCAACGAUUUAAAAAAUUACGCAAAUACACACUUGACUGGCCUGUCAACUAAAUUAAACAUUAACAUUCCCAAUUUGUCAACUAUAACAGACAUCAUGACUUGUAAACGAGUUUUAGUCAAGUCUAAUGAAACUAGUAGACAAUUUACAGCUAUCUUGUAUGCAAUUGUUAGCAAAUUUAAUAUUGAUGGACUGUCUCCAUUGGUUUUAACUAAGUGGCAAGUAAUUUUAUUAUUCUAA